CGCUCGCUCGCUCGAGCAGUCUGAACAAUGAGUGUGUACGAGCGCAUGAUGUGAAGCGCGAUAUCAUGUGCGAUUUAACGCUGCUUUUGUCGUAUUUUUGACGCAAACAUGAACAUGUGGAUACCUACUGAGCACGAGAAAUACGGAGUGGUUCUGGCCAGUUUCCGGGGGACGGUGCAGCAUGGCUUGCCUCUGGAGAUCGGAGACACCGUGCAGAUGCUGGAGAAAUGUGAAGGCUGGUAUAGAGGGUUCGUCCUCAAGAACCCAAAUUCGAAGGGGAUUUUUCCAUGCAGCUACAUCCACCUGAAGAAUGCUCAUAUCAAGAAUAAGGGGCAGUUUGAGAUGGUGGUUCCAACAGAAGACUCUGUCAUCACCGAAAUGACGUCCACCCUCAGGGACUGGGGUGCCAUGUGGAAGCAACUCUACGUGAAAAACGAAGGAGAUCUGUUUCAUAGACUGUGGCACGUGAUGAAUGAGAUUCUGGACCUGAGACGGCAGGUUUUGGUGGGUCACCUGACUCACGACCGCAUGAGGGACGUCAAACAGCACAUCACGGCACGUCUGGAUUGGGGCAACGAGCAGCUGUGUUUGGAUCUGGUCCCUCGGAAAGAGUUCAGCAUGGUGGACCCCGAAGAAAUCAGCGUGACGGAGCUCUACCGCCUGAUGGAGCAUCGACACCGGAAGAAAGAAACUCCGACUCCUGUCAGCACGCAUCAUCUGUUCGUCCACAUGAAGAGUCUGAUGAGCUCAAAUCUGGGUGAAGAACUGGAGGUCUUCUUCUUCAUCUACGACAGCCGAGAGAACAAACCACUAAGUGAAAGGUUCUUUGUUAAACUCAACAAAAACGGUCUGCCCAAGUAUCCCGACAAGUCUGAGAGACAGUGCACACUUUUUGUGGAUCUGGGUAGUGGAGAUCUGAGGAAAGACGUGUAUAUUGUUGUGCACAUCAUUCGAAUCGGAAGAAUGGGUGCAGGAGAGAAGAAAAACACAUGUAAUGUGCAAUACAGACGUCCGUUCGGCUGCGCGGUGGUCAGCAUCGCUGAUCUUCUCACUGCUGACUCAAAAGAUGACCACUUGCUAAAGGUCUAUGCAUGUAAUACAGAGAGCGAAUGGAGCCAAAUUCACGACAACAUCAUUAAGAAAGUCAACAUCAGAUACAACCUCUUGGGGUCCAACACGGGCUUGGCAGUGGCGCUUCAGCUGCUUCAUGGCGACAUCGACCAGUUGAGGAGGGAAUAUAUGAUCCUCUUCACCCGUGGGGUGUCCAUCACCAGGAAGCUGGGCUUCUCUGAUGUUAUCAUGCCAGGUGAGAUGAGAAAUGAUCUCUACAUUACACUGGAGAAGGGCGAAUUUGAGAAAGGAGGGAAAAGCGUGGCGAGAAAUGUGGAGGUCACCAUCUACGCCCUGGACGCUGAUGGACAGAUUCUAAAGGGGUUUGUGGCCACAGGCUCGGGUGAGCCGGGCGGAGACGAGUAUCACACUUUCGUGCUUUACCACAACAACAGUCCGCGGUGGGCGGAGCUAAUCAAGCUGCCCAUCCCAGUCGACGUGUUCCGGGGCUCACACGUCCGAUUCGAGUUCCGCCACUGUUCCACAAAAGACAAGGGGGAAAAAAAGCUUUUUGGAUUUUCGUUCGUACCCCUGAUGCAGGAAGACGGACGGACUCUUCCCGACGGCACCCACGAGCUCAUCGUUCACAAGUGCGAGGAGAACGCUAACCUGCAAGACUGUGCACGCUACCUCAAACUGCAUUUCUAUAAAUGCAAUCUGCCCGGGAACAACCAAACUCUGAAGGGCACUAAGGAAUCCUUCUGGAUCACGUCAUUCCUCUGUUCUACCAAGCUCACUCAGAAUGGUGACAUGCUGGAUUUACUGAAGUGGAGAGCUCACCCGGAGAGAAUCAGUGACAGUCUGUCCAAGCUGAAGGAGAUCGAUGGCUCAGAAAUAGUGAAGUUUUUACAGGACACGCUGGAUACGCUUUUCGGCAUCUUGGAUGAGAGCUCACAAAAAUACGCACUUAAGGUGUUUGAUUGUCUGGUGCACAUCAUAAACCUGCUCCAGGACAGCAAGUUUCAGCAUUUCAUGCCGGUCAUGGACACCUACAUUGAAGGCCACUUUGCUGGAGCCUUAUCGUACAGGGAUCUGAUCAAGGUGUUGAAGUGGUACGUGGAUCGCAUUAUUGAUGCGGAACGUCAAGAACACAUCCGACAGGUGCUAAAGGCGACGGAGUACAUUUUCAAGUAUAUUAUCCAAUCGCGGCGACUCUUCGCGCUGGCGACGGGGGGACAGAAUGAGGAAGAGUUCCGCUGCUGCAUGCACGAGCUGUUCAUGUCCAUCCGCUUCUUCCUGUCGCUGGAGGACAAGGGCUCACGGCCCAUCACGCAAACUCAGGCAGUGUUCCUGCAGUCAUUCCCGGCGGUAUACGGCGAGUUACUCAAGCUCUUUACUGUCCGGGAAGUGGCCACGUUUGUACGUGAGACGCUGGGCAGCAUCCCCACCGCUUCCCAGUCAGACUGCCCCCUGGAGGCCGUCAAGUUACACUGUAUCGUCAAAACCGUGGAGAGCGAGCUGUACACCAACCCGGAGUCUCGAUGCAUCCUGCUGCCAGUGAUCCUGCGUUUGAUGCAGGCGUACAUGCAGGAGCAGAAAGAUCUGGUCAUGUGUGCGCACAUACUCACCUGCAUGCUGUCUCUUCUCAAGAAGGAUGAAACGGAUCCAUCUGAAGAGGUGAAUCUGAUCGUGGAGAGUCUUUUGGUCGUGCUACUGCGUACCCUCCUGGAGAUCACAAACCGGCCUCAGCCAGCGGCACCCACGCUUCGCCCUCAGGUUCAAGACGUUACGGGCGAGUUUGUGGCGUGUCUUUUGGCUCUUUUGAGGCAAAUGAAGGAUCUGCAUUACAUGCAACUCUUGCAGAGAUUUAGUAGUAAAGAUGACCUGAGGGAUUUUCUCCUACAUAUUUUCACCGUAUUUCGCAUUCUGAUAAGGCCUGAGAUGUUCUCCAAAGACUGGGCGGUAAUGCGGCUCGUCACCAACAAUAUCAUCAUCACCACCGUGCUCUACCUGUCUGAUGCUUUAAGAAAAAACUUCCUCAAUGACAAGUUCGACUACAAGGUGUGGGAUUCCUAUUUCUGUCUGUCUGUUAUUUUCAUCAACCAGCCUUGCCUGCAACUAGAGACCUUUUCCGCAUCCAAGAAGAAGAAAAUACUUGAAAAGUACGGAGACAUGCGUGUAAUGAUGGGCUGCGAGAUCUUCAGCAUGUGGCAGAACUUGGGAGAGCACAAGCUAAACUUCAUCCCUGCCAUGAUCGGCCCAUUCCUGGAGGUCACGCUGGUUCCUCAACCGGACCUGAGGAACGUCAUGAUUCCCAUCUUUCAUGACAUGAUGGAUUGGGAACAGCGGCGGAGCGGGAACUUCAAACAGGUGGAGGCGAAACUUAUAGACAAACUUGACAGUCUGAUGUCAGAGGGGAAAGGAGAUGAAACGUACAGAGAACUCUUUAACAGCAUAAUUCCUCUGUUCGGUCCGUAUCCUAGUCUGUUGAAGAAGAUCGAGCGAGAGACGUGGAGAGAGAGCGGGAUAUCACUCAUCGCCACGGUUACGCGACUGAUGGAGAGACUGCUGGACUACAGGGACUGUAUGAAGGUUGGGGAAGUAGAUGGGAAGAAGAUUGGCUGUACUGUCAGUCUGCUGAACUUCUACAAAACCGAGCUGAAUAAAGAAGAAAUGUACAUCCGCUACAUUCACAAGCUGUAUGAAUUGCACUUGAAGGCUCAGAACUACACAGAGGCCUCGUACACACUUCUGCUGUACGACGAGCUGCUGGAGUGGUCCGAGAGACCCCUGCGAGAGUUUCUCAAUUACCCCAUGCAGAGCGAGUGGCAGAGGAAGGAGCAUCUCCAUCUCACCAUCCUCCAGAACUUUGACCGUGGAAAGUGUUGGGAGAACGGCAUCAUCCUGUGCCGAGAGCUCGCUGACCAGUACGAAUCUUACUAUGAUUACAGGAACCUCAGCAAAAUGAGGAUGAUGGAAGCGUCGUUCUACGAUAAAAUAAUGGACCAGCAGAGGCUGGAGCCCGAGUUCUUCAGGGUGGGCUUCUACGGGAAAAAGUUCCCCUUUUUUCUCAGGAAUAAGGAGUUUGUGUGUCGUGGUCAUGACUACGAGCGUCUGGAGGCGUUCCAGCAGCGCAUGCUCAACGAGUUCCCGCAUGCCAUCGCCAUGCAGCACGCCAACCAGCCGGACCAGACUAUAUACCAGGCCGAUGCCCAGUACCUGCAGAUCUACGCCGUCGCACCGAUCCCUGACAGCCAGGACGUCCUGCAGCGUGAUGGCGUCCACGACAACAUCAAGAGCUUCUAUAAAGUCAACCACAUCUGGAGGUAUCGCUACGACCGGCCGUUUCACAAAGGCACCAAGGACAAAGAGAACGAGUUCAAGAGCUUGUGGGUAGAGAGGACGACGCUAACGCUCGUUCAGAGUCUUCCAGGCAUCUCGCGAUGGUUUGAAGUGGAGCGGAGAGAACUGGUGGAGGUGAGUCCGCUGGAAAACGCCAUUGAGGUGAUUGAAAACAAGAACUUGCAGUUGCGGACGUUGAUCACGCAGUGCCAAACGCGACAAAUGCAGAACAUCAAUCCUCUCACCAUGUGUCUGAAUGGAGUCAUCGACGCUGCCGUCAACGGCGGUCUCGCUCGCUAUCAGGAGGCAUUUUUCGCCAAGGACUACAUCAUGAAUCACCCAGAAGACGGAGACAAGAUCGGCCGUCUCCGCGAACUCAUGUUCGAGCAGGCUCAUAUACUUGAGUUUGGUUUGACCGUGCAUGACAAAUUCGUGCCUCAGGACAUGAGACCCCUGCACAAAAAACUGGUGGAUCAGUUUCACCUCAUGAAAUCCAGCCUUGGCAUACAGUGUAAUGUCUAUUCUCUGAAGGAAUUCCCGGCGUACAUGCGGGCCAGCCCGACUCACUUCACCAAUGGAAGUACUCGCGGCGGAAGAAACUCUGCACCCAACAUCAUGAAUCCAGAGGGAGGGGGUCGCGUGGUGGCGCGACGCAGUCCCCUCAGCUACCCGGCAGCCAAUCGCUACUCUUCGUCCUCGCUGUCAUCACAGGCGUCCAAUGAGGUGAGCAACAUCACGGGCCAGUCUGAGAGCUCAGAUGAAGUCUUCAACAUGCAGCCCAGUCCGUCUACCUCGAGCCUCAGUUCCAAUCACUCCGCCUCUCCCAAUGUGACCAGUUCGGCUCCGUCCAGCACCAGAGGUUCACCGCAGCUGCCAGAUAAACAAAAGCAUACCAGAGAGAACUGCCUGUCGCCACGAGACAGACCCUGCAGCGCUGUGUAUCCAAACCCUCUGGAUCCUACACUGAGGGCUGUUCCUCAGCCGCCGAGCGAUUCCUCUUUGCCACGCAGUGACCCCAGCAUCUCCACUCCUGACAAAGUGGUCAAACCGGCACCCAGUAGCUGGAGUCUUGACACGUCGCUCUCUGACUUUAACGGGAAGGGUCCCCCCAUCCCUCCUAGACCACCGUACACAGGAUCUCCUGCCAGGACCACCAGAUCACAGUCCCCUGUGAUUUCCUCACGUUCACCUCAAAAGAACUCUGCACCUCCUUUCACCCCAUCACCCACCGAGUGCCAGUCGACAGGGUUGGUGUCUAAUUCUCCAGUGCUGUCUGGAAGUUACAGUAGCGGCAUUUCGUCCCUCAGUCGCUGCAGCGUAUCGGAAGCCUCCGGUACCGAGAACACGCCGUGGGACCACCCCUUCCCAAACUCCACCUCCAUCGGCUUUGACGAGCCUAUUCGACGGGAGAACAAGACCCCACCUCCAUAUAGCAUCCAUGACAGAAACAAUCCGCGGAGACCUGUGCCUAUUCCCCCUGGCCUGUCCAUUCUCCCCAGCAUCGACGCGCCGCCGGUUCCUCCCAAACCCCACCAGAUUCGAAAGCCAGAGAUGGAGCCUCGGCGACCGGACCACUUUCCCAGACCAAGACCCCUUCCCAGAAAAGUCUCGCAGCUGUAACCGCGCAUUCCAAUGCAAAGUCAAACCAUUUGCACAUUUAACCUCUGUGGGUUUACAAUUCCAAACUCCCAGUUUAGUAAAAAAUAAACUGGAUUAUUUUGUUAUAUUAGACUCGGGUGUACAUGCGUUCUUAUGCACUUUUCUAGGUCCAAAUUGCUUCAAGUAACCCCUUAAUCAACUCUAAACCAGAACUUCGUACCGUAGUAUUUUCUCAAAUUUUGGGUAGGUUUGUCACUGCUAAUAUGUAUUUAUAGUGGUUGAUGCAAGACAUGUUUGCCUUAAAAUUUAAAACAGUCUUUUUAUCAAUACGAAAUGCACGAUUACGAGUACUUUGUACUUUUUGUGUAGCCAAAAGUGCUAGAAGUUCUAUGUUAAUGUUGGCACUGAAUAUUGUCCCAGGGUAAUGUUUUCUGGAUUUAGAAAGUUUGCUGCUUUUAAAAGACUGAAAAAGACUGGCUUUGGCAAACCAGUAUACUGCCGUCUUUGUGUUGACUAAUGCGAGAUGACAUUGAAGCGGAUGUCUGCCCAUCUGUGGGGUUGUGGGAGGGUCUAUACCGGCAUCUCCCUGCCAUAAAACAUGGAUGGUUUCUUUGGAGUUCGAGGAACUAAAUACUUAGAAACGGCAUAGGCGGUCAGAAUAAUUCCUAGCAAGGGUUUUCGCGCGCUGCCCAUUCAGAAUAAAGAUGGACGUUAUGUUCUGCCAAGUUUUGUGCCAAAGGAAGGGGUGGGCUGUGAGCGAACGGAUGCCCUGAGCCUAAAGGUGCUCUAUUAGGAGUGUCAGACGUCCACUGUAAAGACUUGUUAAGCACUUUACGGGACUGUUACCGUAUUGCUGCUGGUUUUCUGAAAAGCCCUGUAAGAGCUUGAUAAGAAAGGUACUUUAUCUGCCAGUGGGCAUUAUGGGCAUUUCAUUUACCAGUAAGAAGUACAGGUAAUAUCUCAGACAAACAGGGGGCGGGGCUGUAAAAUAAAGUAAAAAUAUAAAAUACUAUUAGGUAUUUUUAUGUACGCCUAGUAGACGACUUGUAGACGUCAGUGUGCAUGCACUGUGGGGUCAGAUGAGAAGCGUACAUGAAUGUUUGUGGGGUUUUUUGGUUGCCAAGUUGAAUAUUUUGUACACCCUGUAAAAUAAAAUCAUGGUGAAUGUAUGUGGAUUGAGACCAGCGGGAUUAUGGGAUAUGUGAUCACCUGACUCAGUACGAUGUUUAUGUUUUGUAUUUCAUACUGACUCUCAAAUGAACUCGAGAAUGAUUUUUAUCUUCACCUUUUUAAGGUCACAUUUUCCGAGAUGAUGUUGUUGACAAAAAUCAGUACUUGAGAAAAUUGUAAAUUACCACGAUCGUUGUAAUUAUGCCAAAUACGAUAUCUUGUCUAUUGUACAUACAGUGUUUUUAACAAAAGAUGUGUAGCUAUAACAAUUUUGCAGCUUUGAAUGUUCGUACAGCAAAUGAUUCAGAUGAUAAAUGUCAAAUAUUUAUGUUCUUUGUGAGCGUAGAAUAAAAGAGGUCAAGAGAGCGUCUAACACAUUUACAUUCUAAUGACUCCCUGUCUAAUAAACGUUUCCAACAAGCAACA